AUGGCCGCCGAUUUGGGCGCGACAUCGCUGGCUGAUGUGCACCAAGAGGAACUCGAUCAAACUCUCCAGGAGUUGGCGACUCUCGUUCCCGCUGGUACGAAUUACAAUUCACGGUCAUUGGGCGUGCCUGUUCUCGAUGCAUUGCUGGAUGUGUUUACGCUGAAACCGAGAGUGCCAUCGCAUGCGCAGAGUGAUGUCCAACAUCAAUCUCGACCGCCGUCGGAUCUUAUCCCUUUGCGCGAGCAGCAGAACUCUGAAGAUGAAGAAAUGCUCAGAAACGACAUGGGCGGUGGAAAUGACGGGCUGGAAGAACCACAGGUACCCUCUACCGUCCUAGAUUCGUCCGGUGUUUUGCUAGCGGGCCCCAGCCCCAGGAUCCAGAGACCCAGUCCUGUCGUAGAGGUCUCGAGCAGCCUCUCUGCUUCUGGAAAGUCCCAGCUACUGUACUAUUUGACUGCUCUGGCCGUCUUGCCGCAUUCAUGUGGCGAAAUCCCCGUGGGCGGCCGGGACGCAGCCGUGGUUUUCGUCGACACCGAUGGCCGGUUCAAUGCAGACCGCUUGCGAAUGGUAGGACGUGGCAUCGUUCAAUCCCGUCAGGGACGUCGUGCAAGAAGAGAGGUCUCUGAAGACGACCUCGAAACAGUACUGGCGUCUUCUCUGCAGCACGUUCACGUCCUCCGCCCGCAGUCGUCAUCGGCUCUCCUGGCGACGCUACGCAGUUUAGAUGCGUACCUCUUUGACCUCCCGCGACACCGCUCUGCAUCUCGCCCCCUGCAUAUGAUUGCCAUCGACAGUGCAACCGCUUUCUUUUGGCAAGACCGAUUGCGGGAUGAGGUCGCCCGUGCCGAGGACAUUGGACGAUCUCGAGACGAGAUUGAGCGCGAACGAGAGCAAAAACAGAGCUUCUAUUUGUCAGAUCUAUAUACUGAUGUCGCAAGGGAGCUCAAACGACUUCAAGGUCAGCUCGGCUGUGCGGUUGUAUACACCGCGACAGUUUCGAGCGGCCGUUCUGUCAUCAACAACGACCCCUCAGCUGCAGCUGAUCCAUCUCAGUUCGCACCCCAAACCUUUUCUCUUCGACCUACCCUCCCUGCGCCGUGGGGCACCUUUCCAUUGUUACGUCUCAUUGUCCACCGGGACUCGGUCCGCAUGUUUCCACCCACCAUGAGUGCGCAGGAUGCCCGGAACGACGCUCCUCUUCGGCAAAGCGUUGUCCGCCAGGGAAAAUUCUCUGCCUGGGUCAACGCAUGGGGACGGGACCAGUGGCCCCGUCGUGUGGUGGAUGGCAUUCAGGCGAGUAGUGGCGGAGUGUUUUCAUUCUAUGUACGAGAGUCUGGAGUUGAGAUACCUGAUGAAUAA